AUGGAAGAGGACCAAGGUAGAAUCACCACAGAAGAUGGUGAAGAUGUUAUGGAUAUAUUAUUGAAGAAGGGAGUGAAGAAUUUAACAAAUUUAACAGCACAUAAAGAAGCGGAGCCCAUUCUCAUUAAACUCGAUCCCGAAGAUAAAAAUGUAGAAAAUAGAAUGGAAGUUGUAGCUGAAAAAACUUGGGCUAAAAUAAUUAAAAAUAAAUUUGAAAAGGAUAUAUAUGAGAAUCAAACACAUUUAGUUAACUGUCCCGAGAUCCAAUUGCAGGAGAAGCAACAAUACUAUUUUGAUUAA